CGCACCCAAAUUUGGUAGGCGAUCGUUUGCAGCCGUUUGUCUUUAGCAUGCCCUAUCCAUCCCCUACUCUAGUCUUCCUCCGAUUCUUGUUUCUCAAAAAUAUCUAAAUUUCAUCAUCCAUUUGACCAUCGAUAAAAGAGGGGUUUGAUUUGUUGAUUCUUCGAUGGACCCAGUAGCCGUUGACAAGAUAAUCGAACGGCUAAUCGAAGUCCGAUCCACUAAAUCAGGGAAGUUGGUUCAGUUGACCGAGGCUGAAAUCAAGCAGCUCUGUGUCGCCUCUCGCGAAAUCUUUAUCAACCAGCCCAAUCUUCUUGAACUUGAAGCCCCUAUCAAGAUUUGCGGGGAUAUUCAUGGACAAUACAGUGACCUAUUAAGGCUUUUUGAAUACGGAGGCUUUCCUCCUCAAUGCAAUUAUCUUUUUCUUGGAGAUUAUGUAGAUCGCGGUAAACAGAGUUUGGAAACCAUAUGCCUUUUGCUUGCUUAUAAAAUCAAGUAUCCCGAAAACUUUUUUCUUCUCAGAGGAAACCAUGAAUGUGCUUCCAUAAAUAGGAUAUACGGGUUUUACGAUGAAUGCAAACGCCGAUUCAAUGUGAAGAUAUGGAAAGCUUUUACCGAAUGUUUUAAUUGUCUACCCGUUGCUGCUCUUGUUGAUGACAAGAUCUUGUGCAUGCACGGUGGUUUAUCACCCGAUCUUACCAAUUUGGAUCAAAUUAGAAACUUGCAACGGCCUACUGCUAUUCCCGAUACGGGCCUACUUUGUGAUCUGUUAUGGUCCGAUCCGAGCAAAGAUGUGAAAGGAUGGGGAAUGAAUGAUCGAGGUGUUUCUUACACUUUUGGUGCUGAUAAGGUUUCCGAGUUUCUAACCAAACAUGAUUUGGAUCUCGUUUGUCGUGCUCACCAGGUUGUGGAAGAUGGUUAUGAAUUCUUUGCUGACAGGCAGCUAGUAACUAUAUUCUCGGCUCCAAAUUACUGUGGUGAAUUUGAUAAUGCUGGCGCAAUGAUGAGUGUCGACGAGAAUCUGCUGUGUUCGUUCCAAAUUCUGAAACCGGUCGAUAAGAAAAAUAAGUUCAUGAUGUCUACAAAAAUGUAACCGUGGUGUUAUUUUGACUGCCUAUCCUCCCAAGGGAAGAAAAGACAGGCGUUGGAUGAGGGGACAUCUUUUUUGUUUUUAGUACUGCUUAUUUCAAUCAUUUUAGAGGCUUCAGCAACUGAAGAAUGUGGACUUCAACUCAACUGUUAUUGGAUUGAAUAUGUGUAUAUAUAUUUAGCUGGGUAAGUUUAGUAAUCUGAGCACCCGUAUUCCUGUUUUUUUUUUUUUUUUUCUGUUCUACAACAUGAAUGCUGAUGGAUUAGAUUUUACUUUCAAGAAAUUA